GAACACUCUCACUCAAGCUCAAGCAUCCCACGGCUAAGCUCACACUCAUCACUAAGCUCAAGCACCAAGCUCGACUGCUCAAGAAGGACGCCACCAGUCCGUCACCAAGCACUCCGGCGUUAGCCAUGGACAUGGGCAUGGAUCUUUCCAGCUCCUCCCCGUCCUCGUCUGUGUCAUCCACGCCCGAGCACGCAUCGGGGCGGGCGUCGCCGGCCAAGCGCCCCACGGGGCGCACCAAGUUCCGGGAGACGCGGCACCCGGUGUACCGCGGCGUGCGGCGCAGGGGCAACGCGGGACGGUGGGUCUGCGAGGUGCGCGUCCCCGGCAAGCGUGGCGCUCGGCUCUGGCUCGGGACGUACCUGACGGCCGAGGCCGCCGCCCGCGCGAACGACGCCGCCAUGCUCGCACUCGGCGGCCGCUCAGCAAGGUGCCUCAACUUCGCGGACUCGGCGUGGCUGCUCGCCGUGCCGUCCGCGCUCUCCAACCUCGCCGACGUCCGUCGCGCGGCCCUCCAGGCCGUCGCGGAUUUCCAGCGACGGGAGGCUGCCAAUGGCCUGAUAGCCAGGACCGUCGCCAAGGAGGCCCCAUCUAGCGCUCCUGCACAAUCGUCGUCUGAGUCCGACAGUGCCGACUCGUCGGAGACAUCGGAAGCUUCCGCCGAUGGAGAGUUCGAGGUGCUGGCUACAAUGGACAUCGAUAUGUUCAGUAGGCUUGACUUGUUCCCGGAAAUGGACCUGGGCUCGUACUACGUGAGCCUCGCGGAGGCGCUGCUCAUGGACCCGCCGUCGACGGCGGCCAUCAUGGACGCGUACUGGGACAACGGCGACGGCGGAGCAGAUGUCGCGCUCUGGAGCUACUAGCUAGCUAGUGUCGAUAAAUGAUUCCCCAUCUGAUUCUGCUCUGUUUCGACUCUGUAGAUUUUUCCCUUUGCAAAGUUUUCCU